GACAUCCCCCUGGUCCUCCAUCUCUCCUGCCUGGACGUCUGCUCACUGCCCCCUCAGAGAUGGCAGAGGACAUGUGGGAGAACAGCACAGUCCCCGGCCCUUACCCCAACCUCCCCCUUUCUCUGCUACUAUGCAAUGACACCCUCCUCAAUGACACCCUCUUCAACUGCACCAACUCCACCAACACAACCAGCCCAGAGAUGUCAUCAGGUCCCAGUGUAGCAGGGGUCCUCAUCCCACUCAUCUACAUCAUCGUCUGCGUCAUCGGCCUGGGCGGCAACAGCCUGGUCAUCCACAUUGUGCUGCACUACUCCAAGACGGAGUCUGUGACUAACAUCUACAUCCUGAACCUGGCCAUCGCUGAUGAGCUCUUCAUGCUGGGCCUGCCCUUCCUGGCUGUCCAGAACACCCUCCAGUUUUGGCCCUUUGGCUCCUUCAUGUGCCGCUUGGUCAUGACCGUGGACUCCAUCAACCAGUUCACCUCCAUCUUCUGCCUGACCGUCAUGAGCAUCGACCGCUACCUGGCAGUGGUCCAUCCCAUACGCUCCUCCAAGUGGCGGCGGCCCCAGGUGGCAAAGAUGGUCAACGGCACAGUGUGGGCCAUCUCCUUCCUGGUGGUCCUGCCUGUGGUAAUCUUCGCCAACGUCCACAAGACGGGUGGCACCUGCAAUAUCUCCUGGCCUCGGCCAGCCGACAUUUGGCGGGCGGCUUUUAUCAUCUACACGUCCACAGUGGGCUUCUUCUGCCCGCUCCUCAUCAUCUGCCUCUGCUACCUGCUCAUCGUCUUCAAGAUCCGCAGCUCUGGCAAGAAGGUCCACGCCACAUCCACCAAGCGCAGGAAGUCAGAGCGCAAGGUGACACGCAUGGUGGUGAUCGUGGUGGCCGUGUUCGUCUUCUGCUGGUUGCCCUUCUACGCCCUCAACAUCCUCAACCUGCUGGUGUCUCUGCCAUCAGAGUACCAGGGCCUCUACUACUUUGUUGUGGUAAUGGGCUACGCCAACAGCUGCGCCAACCCCAUCGUCUACGGCUUCCUUUCGGAAAACUUUAAGCGGGGCUUCCGCAAGGCCCUGUGUCGCUCCUCACGCAAGGUGGAGAGCCACGACCUGACAGAGCGCCAGCAGCAGCAGGAGGAGAAGGGGAGGGUGCUGAAGCCCCGAGAGAGCCUGAGGAGGGUCGUACGAGAUGAGGAGGAGGAAGAUGACGAAGACAGGGAGGACGUCACAGAGAUGACGGAGAUCUGUAGGAUCGCCCAGAAUGGGAACGGACAUCCUGAGAGUUCCCAGGCCCUGUUAACACCCAAGGUGCCAGCCCCAGGGGCAUCUGAGCAUGUGGCAUCCCCAGAAGGGAAAGCCAAAGCUGGGGACAUUGGUGAGAAAGGCUUGGGGCCUCCAGCAUCCCUGCAUAAUGGAAACACAAAUGGGAGUGUCAAACCACUGCCAGAGGAGCCAGUGGAGAAGAACACCUCACUGGAGAUAAGCUACCUGUAAUGUAAAAUAACUGUCUCUGAAGUCAGUUACCUGAGGGAACUUGCACUAACAUUUUGUAGCAUUCAUGUAAUGUCUAUGGAAAGAGCCACACUAAAGUGCGCCUCUAUUUACAUGUCCAGAGCUAUACACAUAUAGAGAAGAGAAGCACUCUGCAAGGACACAGCACCUUUCAUAAUUUAUUGCUACAUUUCUGAUCAAUGGGCUGAGAGCAUUUGAACUCUGCAUCAAGCCAAUGGA